GCAACUCAAGGGUUAUGCUCCUUCGACUGCAAGCGUAUCUAUUGCAUUGAGUGCAGCUGCCAGAUAACUGACAUUCUCCCCGCUCGUCUGCUGCCCUGGCAUUUGCAUGUCUUUAGCGGGUAUCAAGGAUAAGCGGAGCCAGCUGAUUGAGAUUGAGUCAUACCCGGAACAAUGCCGUCCAACCAUCCAGCAUCAAGCAUCAACCGUCUGUGAAAGUGAUCGUGAUCGAGGCCGCAGAUGCGGCAGUAAACACAUCUCGGGAUCGCCUUUCUACUGCUGUGUAUCCCUGUAUCCUUGCAUCCUUGCAUCCUUGUAUCCUUGUAUCCUUUGCUUUGCGUGUCACUCGAGCGAUCAGCCAAACAACAACAAACAAUGCAGAGAGGGGAAAGGAGUAAGCAUCCUUUGUGGCUGUUUUGUUAGCUUUGAUCGCAGCUACUUAGCAUUUUCCUUUCCGGCUUUGUACUCCUCCCCUUCGGAAUUCCACAUGCCUCGCUGAGUUUUCCGCCCCGAUCGAAGGGAAUAAUACUGCUUAGACUUGGAAAAUGUAAAAUAUUGUGCUUGCCAUCGCAUUGGGUAAGUCAUCAUUAUUAUCUCUUGCGUGAAUCUUAAUCUUAGGGCGAUUGUAAUGUAUACAGUGCACGUAAAUAUUUCCAAUUCUUAAAAUUUGCAUCAUAUGUAUUGUUUUCGUAUUUUAAUACUUUGCGUGGUGUGCCGUAAAUAUUUUGUCAAAAUUUUUGAGUUGCUGCCCUCCAAGUGCUCCCACAGAGAAUGUUAGGUGACAGUUUAAGACACGACUGGCUCCUCUGGCCCCCUGCCCUCCAGCUGCUCAACUUUCCCUCGCCGCAGCAGCAGGAGCAGGCUCCUGGACCUUUGGUUCGGUACGAGUAUCCUUCGAUACCCCAACUACGUAGAUUGAGGCCACCGCGUUCGGUCGUGGAAGGAUCUGGCGAAGGCUCCGGUGGACAGGAGAACGGAGGUGGCGCCUCGGCGAGAGUGAUCUUUGUGCGGAGGUGCUACAUGAUGGCCGGCUUGUUCGCGAUCAACACUGCGAUCCCCGCCAUAAUCCUGUCCACGGUCAUUCCUCCGCACACGGAUCUCAUAAUGGCAGGCUUCAUUUGCGCCAUGGUUUCCCUCAUGGUUCUCUUUGUCUUCUGUCUGUCGGGCAAGUUGCGGAAGUUCUAUUGGUUCAGUUUCAUCCUGGCCGGGCUGUUUGUGAGUCUGGCAGGAUUGGGCGUGAAUCUGCUGCUUCUGGAGCGGAAUAUUGUCCGCGUCUGUUUAGCUCUCCUGGUGGCGUCUGCCAUGACUGCGAUCUGCUAUUGCGCUGGCGCAUGGCUACCCAAGAUCAUCCUGCCCGGAGAGAAGACUAUGUUUCUGCUGCUCGUCAUCUUCGUGAUGGCCUCCAUCUUUGUGAUGACCGUGUUUAUUUUCACGGACAAUUGGAUCUACCAGUUGGUGUACUUCUCGUUAUUGGCCACUUUGCUCAUACCCGCAUCCGUUUAUCACGCUCAGGUGGUUCAUUCCAGGCGAUUCCAGCUGCCCGAAUACGAAUUUGUGAUUUGCGCCGUCAACGUGUAUCUGCACUUUCUGUUGUUCUUCGCGGCCUUCUACUUCGUCAUCUGGGCGCCCAAGUGGUGAGAAUCUCAGGGAUUUGGAGUCCUUACUACUGGAGUUCCUUGAUCGAAAUGAUGGCCAUGUAGUGCGUCUAAGAAGCUAGCUGAAUCUACUGCCUUUGGCUAAAUAAAGGAUCAUUCUUGUAGCCAUAAUGUUAAUAUAUAUCUCAGCAAGAGUAUCAGUACAAUUUUGUAUACAGCAGAUA